AUGCCCUGCGUCCGCCGCCUCCUCGGCCUCCUGGCGGCCCUGGCGGCCUGCGGUGCCAUCGCCCUCCUCGGCUAUUGUGUCUACUUAGAUCGGAAGCGGCGCGGGGACCCCGCGUUCAAGCGCCGCCUGCGGGACAAGAGAAGAGCCGAGCAGCCCCAGGGCGAGGGGCGGCCCGCGCAGUCGUGGAAUCCAGCAAAGAAUGAAAAAUUGCAAGAACUUUUCUUGCAAGAGGUGCAGAUGGGAGAACUUUGGUUAUCUAGAGGCGAGCACACAAUGGGAGUUCAACAUCUCAGCAAUGCCCUUUUAGUGUGUGGGCAACCACGGGAACUUCUGAAGGUUUUCCAAAACACACUUCCUCCCCAGGUAUUUGAGAUGCUGUUGCAUAAAAUUCCGCUUAUUUGCCAGCAAUUUGAGGCAGACAUGAAUGAACAGGAAUACUUGGAGGAUGAUCCUGAUUGAAAAACAUUUCAACGUAUCCACA